CGGUCGCGUUAAGACGCCGCUCCUCCACAUGCCUGCUUCAGACGGGAGUCUCACGGUAGCGCCACUUUGGCAGAUUCACGCGGAAUUAAAGGGAAUCUAACCUCAGAUUUUCAUCGCUUCAUUCUGAAGGAGCGCAGCAGCAGCAGCAGCAGCAGCAGCGUUUGAAGGGAAAUCUGAAGUUUGUCCAGGUCCCUGGAUGCCCCGCGACGCCCCGUCCUCGGCCGCCCUGUGCGUCCCAAUGGCCGGGAGUUGACCUCUCUCGCCAAGAUGACGCUGCGCGAGCAGCUGAGAGAGAAGAUCUCGGCGGCGUUCUACCGCCACGGGCUGCUGUGCGCGUCCUACCCAGUACCCAUCAUCCUCUUCACCUCCGCCAGCAUCCUCACCUGCUGUUAUCCGUUGCUGAGGCUCCCCCUGCCUGGGACGGGUCCUGUGGAGUUCACCACAGGGGUGCGGGACUACAGCGUCCCUUCCCAUGAGCCUCAGGGAGACCUCGGGGAGCGGCCCGACUGGUACCGCGGUCCUCCGGUCGCCUACAUCCAGCAGGUGCUGGUGAAGGCCGCGGUGUCUCCGUGGGACAGCAGCCUGGUGCCGGUGGACGUGUUCCGGUCGCCGCUGGGCCGAGUCUUCACCCUGCUGGAGGAGAUACGCAACCACGUCCACUCUGACAAGUCUGGCGUUCGCAGUCUGGAGACGCUGUGUCUCCAGGUGACGGACCUGUUCCCGGGGUUACGGCGGAUGCAGUCGGUGCUGCCGGAGCACGGCUGCCUGCUCGUCUCUCCGGGAAACUACUGGCAGAACCAGCGGGAGCUGUUCGACUCGGACCCCGACAUCCUGAAGAGCAUCCAGAAGCACGAGCCCAAAGGCCUGCACACCUCGGCCACACUGAGAGACCUGUUGUUCGGCGUUCCUGGGAAGUACACAGGAGUCAGUCACUACAACAGGAAGAGGGUGGUGACGUACACCAUCACCGUGGUGCUGUCCAGCUACGACGCCAGGUUCCUGAACAGCCUGCGGGCUCGCCUGAAGCACCUCCACCCCUCGGCCAACUGCAGCCUGAGAGACGACCACAUGGUCCACGUGCACUUCAAGGAGGAGAUCGGCGUCGCCGAGCUCAUCCCCCUCGUCACCACCUACAUCAUCCUGUUCGCCUACAUCUACUUCUCCACGCGUAAGAUCGACAUGGUGAAGUCGAAGUGGGGCCUGGCGCUGGCGGCCGUGGUGACCGUCCUCAGCUCGCUGCUCAUGUCGGUCGGCCUCUGCACCCUGUUCGGCCUCACUCCCACACUGAACGGAGGUGAGAUCUUCCCCUACCUGGUGGUGGUCAUCGGCCUGGAGAACGUCCUCGUCCUCACCAAGUCUGUGGUUUCCACUCCCGUCGACCUGGAGGUCAAACUUCGCAUCGCUCAGGGCCUCAGUAAUGAGAGCUGGUCUAUCAUGAAGAACAUGGCUACGGAGCUUUGCAUCAUCCUCAUCGGGUAUUUCACCCUGGUGCCGGCGAUCCAGGAGUUUUGUCUUUUCGCCGUCGUGGGCCUGGUGUCCGACUUCUUCCUGCAGAUGUUUUUCUUCACCACAGUGCUGUCCAUAGAUAUCCGACGCAUGGAGCUGGCCGACCUGAACCGCCGCCUGCCGGCCGAAGCGGGCCUCCCCCCGGCCAAACCGGGUCCGCUGCGCCCGCGGGAGGUGCCCCCUCCCCCGCGGCCGUCCCCCCACACCAUCACCCUGCAGACGCCGGCCUUCCGGAACCUGCGGCUCCCCAAGAGGCUGCGAGUGGUUUACUUCCUGGCUCGAACGCGCCUGGCGCAGCGCAUCAUCAUGGCCGGUACGGUCAUCUGGAUCGGCAUCCUCGUCUACACCGACCCGGCCGGGAUCCGCACCUACCUGGCGGCGCAGGUGUCGGAGCAAAGCCCCCUGGGAGACCCCGCGGGAGCCGUCCUGCCCCCCCACCUGGGCGUGGCCCCGGUGUUCCGAGGCGGGGAUCCCACCAGCACCCUGAGCCUCCCCCCCGCGCCCGAUCCCACCCCCCUGCCGGAGAACCAGUCGCAGGGGCACCACGACCCGGCCGGGGCGGGGCCUCUGCCUCAGGCCCCGCCCGCCGUGCCGCAGAUCAGCUGGGGGGCGGAGGACGAGGAGGGCUGGAGGAGGCUGUCCUUCAGGCACUGGCCGUCGCUCUUCAGCUACUACAACAUCACUCUGGCAAAGCGGUACAUCAGCAUCCUGCCCGUCAUUCCCGUCACCGUCCACCUCAGCCCCCAGGAGGCCAUCGAGACUCGGCACCCCCAGGACACCCGGCACCCCCCUCCGCCCAUCCCCAAGGUUUCUGCUGACUUCCAGACGGACCUCACGCUCUACAAGGUCGCGGCUCUGGGCCUGGCCGCCGGCGUCCUGCUGGUCCUCCUCCUCUUCUGCCUCUAUCGGGUCCUCUGCCCUCGGAACUACGGGCAGAACGGCGUGACGCACGGGCGGCGGCGGCGAGGCGAGCUGCCCUGCGACGACUACGGCUACUCGCCGCCCGUCAGCGAGAUCUCGCCGCUGCUGCUGCGGGGCCACAGCAUGGACAUCGAGUGUCUGGCCAGCGACGGGAUGCUGCUGGCGAGCUGCUGUCUGGCCGGACAGAUCCGAGUCUGGGACGCUCAGACCGGAGACUGUCUGACCGUCAUCCCCAAGCAGGGGCUGCGGCGGAGCAGCAGCAGUGGCUGCUGGGAGCAGCGUGACGGCUGGGACGGUAUGAGCUCCGCCGCCGCCGCCGCCGAUCCGGACUGCCUCGUCUCGGACUGCCGGGACCCGUACGCCGCCGGCGACGGCCCGUCGGACGACGAGGGCUACCCGGUGAGGCGGCGCGCGGCGCCGAGCCGGCCCGCCCUGUUCACCGACCAGCCCGACCUCACGCCGCUCAUCGACACCAACUUCGCCUCGCAGCCGCCCGCCCACCUCGCCGCCCCGCCCAGGGCGGGCUUCGACUUCGGCGACCUGGUGGAGCGCGCCUACAAGGAGCACGAGCCGCCCUCGCCCUCGCCGUACCCGUCCCCGUCCUCCGCCUCCUCCUCGCCGCCGUCGGCCGCCUACCUCCAGCGGCGGCCCAGCCUGGGCGACGCGCCGGCGGCGGCCUUCGUCUCGGACAGAGCGCCGGCCGCCGGGACUCACGCCGCGGCGGACUUCGAGAGCUCGGUGUGGGCCAUGGAGCUGAGGGGGAACCUGAUCGCCGCAGGGAGGAGCAACGGGAAGCUGGAGCUGUGGGACGCGGUGGAGGGGUCGCUACGCUGCAGGAAUGAAGACGGCGUCUCCGGGAUCACGGCUCUGGCUUUCCUCAACAACCGGAUCGUGGCGGCGCGGCUGAACGGCUCGCUGGAUUUCUUCACGGUGGAGAUCAACAAGCCUCUGGGCCUCCUGCAGUACAGAGGCGCGCCGGGGCGAGGCAGCGUGCCGCCGUCGCCGUGCUACAGCAGCGAGGACGUCAUCAGCUGCCAGCUGACGCGCUCGGUGCAGUGCGCCCACCAGAAGCCCAUCACGGUGCUGCGGGCGGCGGCCGGCCGGGUGGUGACGGGCAGCCAGGACCACACCGUCCGGGUUUAUCGUCUGGAGGAUUCCUGCUGCCUCUUCACUCUGCAGGGUCACUCUGGAGGAAUCACAGCCAUCUACAUUGACCAGACGAUGGUUCUGGCGAGCGGCGGGCAGGACGGCGCCAUCUGCCUGUGGGACGUCCUGACGGGGAGCCGCGUCAGCCAUGUUUACGGUCACCGUGGUGACGUCACCUCGCUGGUGUGCACCACGUCCUGCGUGAUCAGCUCCGGGCUGGACGACCUGAUCUGCAUCUGGGACCGGAGCACCGGGAUCAAGCUGUACUCCAUACAGCAGGAGGUGGGCUGCGGCGCCAGCCUGGGCGUGAUCUCCGAGUCGCUGCUGGUGACGGGCGGCCAGGGCUGCGUGUCCUUCUGGGACCUGACCUUCGGCGACCUGCUGCAGACGGUGUACCUGGGCCCGAGCAGCGACGGGCAGGGCGUGCGCCAGCUGCUGGUGCUGGACAACGCCGCCAUCGUGUGCGACUUCGGCAGCGAGCUCAGCCUGGUGUACGUCCCGUCGGUGCUGGAGAAGCUGGACUGAGCGGGCGACACGCCGCCGGAGGAGCGAGCCCCCUCCCACCCCGGCCCCCGACCCCCCACCCGAUGGCCGCUCCGGGUGCUGCUGCUGCUGCUUUUGGUGUGCGUUUGUUUUGGCUCUCGAUGCUGCUGACCCGGGUGGGGCUUCACUGUGACUUUGCCCACCCAGAGAGGAAGAUCAGCAUUGGACUUUCAAUAUUCCUGCUGCGCUGUGAAGGGCGGCCACAGUGAGCGAGGUGUGCGAGUGUGUGUGUGAAUGAAUCGCAGCUCUUUAUAAGACGAACACUGCUGAGAACAAGAAUGACCUGAAGUGAGUGAGAGACUGGAGAAGGAUUACUGUACAAAGGAAACCUCCUGAGGGGGCAGUUUUUAUAUGUGUAAAUCUAUUAUUUAUUAGCAACACUUUUGUGGAAUAACGGUUUCUUUCUGAUCCCAGAUGAUGAUGAAGUGAAUGAGAACUGAAGCUGGGAGGCUUCGGCAGCGUGAUGGAAGCUGAUCUGUGAGGUUUGGGUUUCUGUUGGUGGAGUUCAGGAGCUGAAGAGGAAACGCUUUUCUUUUUUUGUUGUUUUUUUUCUUUUUUUUGUUGACCCUUCAUUCGAUCCGCUCAGCCGGAGGUUCGCCGGCGUCUCGUUUACAUCCAUCGCUCAAAAUGUGCCCUUCAGAGAUUUAUUUCGAAAAGUGUUUACGACUUAAUUUUUCACUUUUUUGGCAAAAAAAAGUCCAGAAAACUCAGAAUAAGCUUCUUUUUUCCUGCAGUCAUUGAAAUGUUGACCCUAACUGAUCCCAAAAACCUGAAACAUGUCGCUAAUCCAGCAAAACCACCUUUUCAAAAUAAGAUUUAUUAUCAGCAGGUUUAAUUUUUCACUUCAUAUCAGUUUGAUUUAAAAAAAAAAAAAAAAAAGCUUCUGAAUUAUCUCUUCAAAUGUCAACUUACACAAAUUAUCUCUCGGAAUUAAAAAAAAUAAUCUAAUCAGGUUUGAAAGUGCUGAGAUAGGAUUAUAAAGUAGCUCAAACUGUUAAAAUUGUUAGGGAAAAAAAACAAUUUAAUUGAAUCACUGAACUGAAACGUUACUGACUGCAGCUUGAAGUUGAAGUGAUGCCUCUUCUGAGCUCCAGGUGGCAGCAGCGAGUCAGUUAACAGCUUCUCAUGUUUAUUUUCAGCUUCUUUAAAGUUACUCACUGCGCCCUCUGGUGGCACCAAGCUCUGACAUCAUUUACAAAAACCCAAAAUAACUCCGUUAUAAAGACACUUUGUAUUGAACUCAAUUUAUUUCUAGUUUUUUUUUUUUUCACUAAAAAGAAUUUUAGGCAAUAAGUGAUUAAAAUGUCUUAAAAAGUAACAGCUUUUUUUAAACAUGGAAGCCAUAAUUAUCACCGUUCUUUGUGUUAAGAUUGUAGAAAAAAACUGACAACACAGCAAACUGAGACAAUGUGAAGCCUGAAUGUGCAGAUUUGAGCCUGUUAAUCCAGCAGGAUGAGAAAAUCCGGAUGAACAAAUCAAACGUCGGCUUCUUGCUCCCGUCGGUGCCUGAUCUUCACCUCCUCCGCAGAAUGUUUGACCUCUGACCCCUGCUCCCCCCGCGGUUCCAACAACACCCUGAAUGUAUUUUUCUUGGCUGCCGUCUGGGUUCAGUGAAUGUUCGGCGCUUUACGGCAAACUCGGGGCGGCAUUGGUAACCUCCACGCCGCUCCGGCUGCUUGUGGAAUUAGAAAUUAAAACCUGUGAGCGAUUGAACGUCAGUAUUCACAGGUUUGGUCUGAAUGGGAGCCGGAGCGACGUUCUCCACCUCGGCUGUUUAGGAACUCUGUUUUUCUGUCAAAACUGGGAAUGUGUAAAAGGUGUAGAUUUCUUUUUUACUUUUGUUUUCUAGUAAUGUGAAUAAAGAAGUUGGACAUUU